GAUCUGGUGGCUUCGACCUGUAUGGUGGGGGCUAUAAAGACUCCAUGUCCGGGCUGGGGGGCUACGGAGGUGGAGGAGGAGGCCAUAUGAAGAGGGGGCUUUCAGGGACCUCCUCCACAGGAACCCAUGCAGAUGCAGUCAUCGCCAAAAUCAACCAGCGUCUGGACAUGCUGACUCAGCUGGAGGGGGGGCUGAAAGGGUCCCGCGGCGACAGGUUUGACCACUACGAGUCUUUCGACUCUCGCUCCCCCGCCCUCCCCCCCUCCCGAGAUCUCUACAGAUCCUCUGCUGGGAGCUAUGGGUACGAUGGCCGCGAGGAUGGGAUGCUGCUGAGUCAGAGAGGAAACUCCGGCUUUGGGGGUGUUGUUGGUCUGGGAGGGGGGGGCGGAGGCUUUGACAGCCCCUCCUCAUCAUCCUCUGCUUCCUAUGGAGUCGCCAAAAUGCGACAGAAUAUGAGAGAGUCGUUCAACCAGGGAGGAGGAGGAGGUGGGGGGGGCUGGACAGGGCGCCGCUCCCCCAGAAGGGGUGGAGGAACAGGAGGGUUUGCAAACCGCAGGUCGGACCCCCCUCCGUUAGGCGGGGGUGGGCGAGGGGGGGGGAGACUCUCCUCCUCUCCGGGGGGGGGUCGAGGCAAGCUGCCCUCCCUCCUGGCCAGCCGCAUGUACCCUGAGAGCGGGGGCUUCCAGCAGCAAGACAUCCCCGGGAGGCACUUUGGAGGGGGGCCGCGGGCCGGCCGGCAGCGGGGCCGCAAGAGACCCCUCAACAAACAGGUGAAGCCUCAGAGGGAGAUGCAGAAGAAGAGGAAGCAGACUCUCACGGCAGCCGACGAACCCGAGUCCAAGAUGAACCGAACAGAGCCGGCAGAAACUAAACCAGAGCCAGCCGAGAAGAACGGUGACGACGGUGAAACAAAAGCUGCAGUGGAGGUCUUCAAAGCUCCUGCAGACGCAGAUAACGCUUCCCCAGAGCAGAAGGAGGAGAAGAGUCCGGCGGGCAAACAGAGCCCGAGCCCCGGCCAGGACAAACACCCCAAGAUGAGGAAGAGGAGGGGCUUCCUGGAGAGGGUGAUGUUCGCCUGCUCGGUGUGUAAGUUCCGCUCCUUCUAUAAGGAGGAGAUGGAGACUCACCUGGACAGCCGCUUCCACAAAGACCACUUCAAGUUCCUGUCCGGACAGCUGUCCAAGCCCACCACCGACUUCCUGCAGGAGUAUCUGCAGAACAAGUUUAAGAAGACGGAUCAGAGGGUGGGUCAGCUGGAGAACCACAGCGCCGCCAUCUGCCAGGUGUACAGGGAGCAGGACCUCACCAAGGAUCUGGGGAUGGAGCACUUCAUGAGGAAGGUGGAGGCCGCACACUGCGCCGCCUGCGACGUGUUCAUCCCCAUGCAGCCGCAUCUCAUCCAGAAACAUAUCAAGUCCCCGGAUCACAACUACAACAGGAAGGGGAUGAUGGAGCAGUCGAAGAGGGCGAGUCUCUCCGUCGCUCGCAGCAUCCUGAACCACAAACUGAUCGGGAAGAAGCUGGAGAGCUACCUGAAGGGGGAGAACCCGUUCACUGGGAAUCAGGACGAUCAGGACCCCGAUGAUUCGAUGGCGAUGGACGUCUCUGAACUGGAGCUCACCGGCGAGGGAGGAGGCGACCAAUCAGAGGAGGGGAAGGGACAGGAAGAGGAGGAGCUUCUGGGGGAAGAGGAGGACAAGGAGGCAACAGCAGAAACAGCUGUGGGAGAAACAACAACAAACACAACAGGAGAGGAGGAAGAGGAGAAGAUGGAUGCUGAGGAAGGACAGCAGGGAGAGGAAGACGAGGAUGGAUUUGAAGUUGAAGAUGAGGAGGAAGGAUAUGUGGUGCACGAUGAGGCCGGUGAAGAUGAGGGAGUGAAGGAGGAAGAGGAGAAGAAGAAAGAGGAGGUGAAGGAGGAGGAGAAGAAGGAGGAGGAGGAAGAGGAGGAGGAGGAGAAGGAGGAGAAGAAGGAGGAGGAGAAGGAGAAGGAGGAGGAGGAGAAAGAUGAAUGACUUUUGCACCAUGUGACUGAGCAGAGGUGCUCUGGGCUCAGCGCUCCCCUCAGGCGGCCGCCUCCUCUCUGGAGCGUCUGCGCCCCACAACUCCUGCAAACAGCAAAGCAUGUUCUUUUAUUAACUCUGACCUAAUUCUCUGGUUUCUAAAUUCAGAGCGCUUCGAGCCCCUCCUGCUGCCAGCGUCAGUCCAUCGAGCUCCUUCCGUUUGAUCAAGGCUCCUCCUGCUGCCAGCGUCAGUCCAUCGAGCUCCUUCCGUUUGAUCAAGGCUCCUCCUCGGCUCCUCUUCACACGUUAUUUUUUUGUGCCUUUUUUGUUGAAAGUAUUUUUAUUUUCUUUACGACUUUGUGUCGAGUCGGUGUUAUAAACAUGAAUGAUGUUCGUAGGGUUUUUAUUCUGCAGCCGCCUGUCGAGUGAUUUAACAUGAUGUGAAACAAACUGUUCUGAGGAAAUAAAGCUGUUGAAUAAAAUCACGUUUCCCUCA